CGCACCCCGCCUCCUCCCCUCCCCGCCCCCAAAGCCUCUCACCCGCGGCAGGCCGGUGCAAGGCCCCCUCCAGUAGGUGAGCGGGAUGGAUUGGAUUCCGGCGGGGAACGCGGGUGUCUCGAAGUGGUGCUAAUGGGAAGAGAUUUCUGCUCUCCAAAGAAGAUGCGCUGCCACAAAGAGCGGCUUGCGCGCCGGCCUGGGCUCUAGCCCGGGAGACAUCCCGGGAGAACUCCGAGCUCGGAGCGCUCGGCUAAGACCCGGGCAACAUGCCUGUUCGCAGGGGGCAUGUGGCACCGCAAAACACCUUCCUGGGGACCAUCAUACGGAAAUUUGAAGGACAGAAUAAAAAAUUUAUCAUUGCAAAUGCCAGAGUGCAGAACUGUGCCAUCAUCUACUGCAAUGACGGGUUCUGUGAGAUGACUGGUUUCUCCAGGCCAGAUGUCAUGCAGAAGCCCUGCACCUGCGACUUUCUCCACGGGCCUGAGACCAAGAGGCAUGAUAUUGCCCAAAUUGCCCAGGCGUUGCUGGGGUCAGAGGAGAGGAAAGUGGAGGUCACCUACUAUCAUAAAAAUGGUUCUACUUUCAUUUGUAACACUCACAUAAUCCCAGUGAAGAACCAAGAGGGCGUGGCUAUGAUGUUCAUCAUUAAUUUUGAGUAUGUGACAGAUGAAGACAAUGCUGCCUCCCCAGAGAGGGUAAACCCAAUAUUACCAGUCAAAUCUGUAAACCGGAAACUCUUUGGGUUCAAAUUUCCCGGUCUAAGAGUUCUAACAUACAGAAAGCAGUCAUUGCCACAGGAAGACCCGGAUGUGGUAGUCAUUGAUUCAUCUAAACACAGCGAUGACUCUGUGGCCAUGAAACACUUUAAGUCUCCCACGAAAGAAAGUUGCAGUCCCUCUGAAGCAGAUGAUACAAAAGCCUUGAUACAGCCUAGCCAGUGUUCUCCUUUAGUGAACAUAUCAGGACCUCUGGACCAUUCCUCUCCCAAGAGGCAAUGGGACCGCCUCUACCCUGACAGGCUGCAGUCAAGUUCCCAACUAACACACUCCAGAUCACGGGAGAGCCUCUGCAGCAUAAGGAGAGCAUCUUCAGUUCAUGAUAUAGAAGGCUUCAGUGUCCACCCCAAGAGCAUAUUUAGAGAUCGACAUGCCAGUGAAGACAAUGGUCGCAAUGUCAAAGUUUCACGUUCCUGGAUGGCAGGGGGGCCUUUUAAUCAUAUCAAGUCCAGUCUGCUGGGGUCCACGUCGGAUUCAAACCUCAACAAAUACAGCACCAUCAACAAGAUUCCUCAGCUUACUCUGAACUUUUCAGAUGUCAAAACUGAAAAAAAGAAUACAUCCCCUCCUUCUUCAGAUAAAACUAUUAUUGCACCCAAGGUCAAAGAACGAACACACAACGUGACGGAGAAAGUGACCCAGGUUCUUUCUUUGGGAGCAGAUGUCUUGCCAGAAUACAAGCUGCAGACGCCGCGCAUCAACAAAUUUACAAUAUUGCACUACAGCCCUUUCAAAGCAGUCUGGGAUUGGCUUAUUUUGCUAUUAGUCAUUUAUACCGCUAUAUUCACCCCCUAUUCUGCAGCCUUUCUCCUCAAUGACAGAGAAGAACAGAAAAGGCGAGAAUGUGGCUAUUCCUGUAGCCCUUUGAAUGUGGUAGACUUGAUUGUGGACAUUAUGUUUAUUAUAGACAUUCUAAUAAACUUCAGAACAACCUAUGUAAAUCAGAAUGAAGAAGUGGUAAGUGAUCCUGCCAAAAUAGCAAUACACUACUUCAAAGGCUGGUUCCUGAUUGACAUGGUGGCAGCCAUCCCUUUUGACUUGCUGAUUUUUGGAUCAGGUUCUGAUGAGACAACAACUUUAAUUGGUCUUUUGAAGACUGCGCGUCUCCUUCGACUUGUGCGCGUAGCCAGGAAACUGGAUCGAUACUCAGAAUACGGCGCAGCUGUUCUAAUGCUCUUAAUGUGCAUAUUUGCCCUGAUUGCCCACUGGCUGGCUUGCAUCUGGUAUGCGAUUGGGAAUGUAGAGAGGCCCUAUCUGACAGACAAAAUUGGAUGGUUGGAUUCCUUAGGACAACAAAUUGGGAAACGUUACAAUGACAGUGACUCAAGUUCUGGACCAUCCAUUAAAGACAAAUACGUCACGGCACUUUAUUUUACCUUCAGCAGUUUAACCAGUGUAGGAUUUGGAAAUGUGUCUCCUAACACCAAUUCGGAGAAAAUCUUUUCCAUUUGUGUCAUGUUGAUUGGCUCGCUAAUGUAUGCCAGCAUUUUUGGGAAUGUUUCUGCAAUUAUUCAAAGACUGUACUCGGGAACUGCCAGGUACCACAUGCAAAUGCUGAGGGUGAAAGAGUUCAUUCGCUUCCACCAAAUCCCCAACCCUCUGAGGCAAAGGCUUGAAGAAUAUUUCCAGCACGCAUGGACUUAUACCAACGGCAUUGACAUGAACAUGGUCUUAAAGGGAUUUCCAGAAUGUUUACAAGCUGACAUUUGCCUGCAUCUAAACCAGACUUUACUGCAAAACUGCAAAGCCUUUCGAGGAGCAAGUAAAGGCUGCCUUAGAGCUUUGGCAAUGAAGUUCAAAACCACCCACGCCCCUCCAGGAGACACCCUGGUUCACUGUGGGGAUGUCCUAACUGCACUCUACUUCUUGUCAAGAGGCUCCAUUGAAAUCCUCAAGGAUGACAUAGUGGUAGCUAUUCUUGGAAAAAAUGAUAUCUUCGGGGAAAUGGUUCAUCUUUAUGCCAAGCCUGGCAAGUCAAAUGCAGAUGUGAGAGCACUCACGUACUGUGACCUGCAUAAGAUCCAGCGAGAAGACUUGCUGGAGGUCUUGGAUAUGUAUCCAGAGUUUUCUGACCACUUUCUGACUAAUCUAGAACUGACUUUCAACCUAAGACAUGAGAGUGCAAAGUCCCAAUCCAUAAAUGAUUCGGAAGGGGACACCUGUAAACUACGAAGAAGGAGAUUGUCCUUUGAAAGUGAAGGCGAAAAAGAUUUUAGCAAAGAAAACAGCACAAAUGACCCUGACGAUUCUACAGACACAAUAAGACGUUUUCAGAGUUCCAAGAAGCAUUUUGAAGAGAGGAAAAGCAGAUCGUCAUCCUUCAUCUCCUCCAUCGAUGAUGAACAAAAGCCACUCUUCUUGGGAACAGUAGAUUCUACACCAAGAAAGGUGAAAGCAACCAGACUCCACGGUGAAGAAACAAUGCCCCCCUCAGGAAGAAUUCACACAGAUAAAAGAAGUCACUCUUGCAAAGAUAUCACUGAUACACACAGCUGGGAAAGAGAGCCUGCCAGGGCUCAGCCUGAAGAAUGCAGUCCCUCAGGACUUCAGAGAGCUGCCUGGGGGAUCUCUGAGACUGAAAGCGACCUCACCUAUGGGGAAGUGGAGCAAAGGUUAGAUUUACUUCAAGAGCAACUUAACAGACUUGAAUCCCAAAUGACCACGGACAUCCAGACCAUCUUACAGCUCCUGCAGAAACAAACCGCAGUGGUCCCUCCAGCCUACAGCAUGGUGACUGCAGGAGCCGAGUAUCAGAGACCUGUCCUCCGUCUGCUGAGGACCAGUCACCCCAGAGCAUCCAUUAAGACUGACCGGAGUUUCAGCCCCUCCUCCCAAUGUCCUGAAUUUCUAGACCUUGAAAAAUCCAAACUCAAAUCCAAAGAAUCCCUCUCAAGUGGAAGACAUCUGAACACAGCCUCAGAAGACAACUUGACUUCACUUUUAAAACAAGACAGUGAUGCGUCUUUAGAGCUUCACCCACGGCAACGAAAAACUUACCUUCAUCCCAUCCGACACCCAUCUCUGCCAGAUUCUUCCCUAAGCACUGUAGGGAUCUUGGGUCUCCAUAGGCAUGUUUCCGAUCCUGGUCUACCAGGAAAGUAAUCAUUUUGUACUAUUUCCUCCACAUCCAAUGUAAGUGCUUUUAAUGGCUGUUUUCCUUUUUGUAUUUAAAUCCUCUCUACUUGACUCAGGGGCUCACAAGGUACCAUUAUAUGCAAAAGUACUGUAUAUUUUUCCUAAAUUGAAGCUUGUAAGGUAAAGUUGAGCAGUUAGGAUGUAAAUAUACAUAAGAGCUUUUGGUUCCAAAUGUUCAAACUGCCAGCAUCUCAAGGCACCUUAUUUUUUAAUUUUAUUUUUUAAAUCAUGUGCAUGUUAGGAAACUCCAGUUUCUCUUGCAUGGAGACUCCUAUGUACCGCUUUUACUGAAUCAGUGCUUGAUUAUGAAAAAGCCUUCCGAGCAAAUAAGAAACCGAGGAAUGAAAGUGUUCAUGAACGCAACUCAGAUGAUCCUCAACUUAGGGGAGUUCAAGGGGGCUGGGGAUAAGGGAAGUUAGUCACUUUGGAGAACAGAUUUCCUUCUGUAUUGACAUGUUUGUAGUUACUUACCUUCAUUUCCUAUAAUAAUUUAAAAGAAAGAUACAAAGUUUGAGUUAUACAUAUCAGUCAGAAAGGGAGCUAAAAUCCAAAAGUACCAAAGGAUAUAGUUCUUUCUUAAUAAAUAUGUAGAACUUCAGAUCAUGUGGAAGAAAAGACAUGUGAGGUUUCAACAGGAACUCAGGCCCUGGUUUCAUGUCCCAGGUUAUGUAAGACCUUCGACAAAAGCUACUCAUUCUGGAGAGGUGACAGGACGAAGAUGUCCCAGGCUUCCACUGUUGAGGAAACUGCGAGAAGCAGUCACCUACUCCCAGCUUUCUGGGAGCUGCAGUCUCUGGGCGGGUGAGCAAUCUGUCCCCAAGGAGUCUCUAUACCCUGCUUUUAGGGAGGGUAUAAAGUGGGAGGAGAACAGAGAGACCUUUGUGGAUUUCUGCCCCAUUUUCUGACAGAUUGAGGAGUCACAAUGUUUCCCUGAGCUUGUCUUCAGCUAAACAAUUAUGAAUAUAUGACAACAUCAGUGAGAGAACAAAAUUAUCUCUCUAGUAAAUUCUUUCAUAGCUUCAUUCACAAGCUACCUAAAAUUUUUUACAGUAGUGCAUUUUUCUGAAGUCUUAAAAUGAAGAUUAUUUUGUGUUGGGGUGGCUCUUAACAUGCCACUUACAAAAAGGAUAGCCACAUUUUUUUCAGAUUUAUAUGUGAGAGCAAUCUUGCAUUUGAUUAAAUAGUACAUACCCACAUUUUUUAAAAAUAUGCGAUUUCAGAGUAUUUUUCAGCAAAACUCUUUCAUUAAGAAUGGGUUGUUUCCUUGCUUUUCCCAGAUGUAACAAACAAUGUUCAUUGGUCCACCUAGAAAAUUCUUAAGUUAAUUGAAAAUUAAGUAAAAAAUCCAUUACAUAUAAUUUGGGCUGAUUAUAUGUUGAUUCCAUCCCAGGAUAUAUAUAGUAGAAGAAUAUAGUCUAACACCUUUUAGUGUUAGGUAUUGUUUGGGCAAAGGAGGUGGCAUUUGGAUCAUAAAAUCAACAAAAAAAAAAAAAUACAAUUUAUAAUUCUAAUUGGUCAAACUCUAGUUAAAUUCUAUUUUCAACUCAAUUAUAAUUUAAAAAAUUAUCAGAGACUAACCCUUUGUGUUCUUUCCUCAUGAACAAACAUAUAGAAAAUUUGUUGAAGGCUUCUUAAUUUUUCUACUAAUUCUUACACUCCUACAGAGCUUUAAAUAGUAGUUUAUGUGUACAUUAUUAAAUGGUUGAAUUUUCCUUCACCUUCAACACUAAUCAUUAACCCACUUAAAAUGCAAGCAAUUUAUUAAAUGUGCAUGACACUAUUACUCUAUUUAAAAUGUGAUUAGAGUGACCUUAAAUUGUUCCCUAUAUACUUUUAAGCAGUCACAGAAUUUGCCAGUCUGACCUGAGUGGAAGGAAAUCUACACAUAGACAUGUUCUUAUUCUCAAUUUAAGAAAAGUAAUCGUAAGUGAUUGCGUACCUAUGGCAUAAGACCAGUCAAGUCAACCAAAAGUAUAAUAAUUAGAAUGGUCUUCCCAAAUCAUUUGAUAUGGUACAGAUACAAAUGUGGACUCCUGGCCACUUUCAUUCACUUACUCAGCAAACAUUCGAAUGAGGUGCCACACACUGGAGAGUCACUCAAGUAGCGAAUGAGUUAGGUGUGGUGUGGAUUUAGGGAUCUUCUUUUCAUAUUGGGGCACAUUCUGCAGCUGCAACACAUUUCCUGAGGACUAUUCUCCCUCAGCUCCACAAGCAUUCAGCAUAAAUUCCCAGCUAUUGCUCAUUUGUAAGGAGAGAGGGUUUGGCAGGUGAGGAACUGAGGCUGGUUGUUUGAUCUGAUUAGUGGAUGCUCCAGCUGCAGCAUUUGGUAUGACAUGCAUGCAAUUUGGCCUAUUGUAAGCCUCCAUUUAUAUUUCUUUAUAAAAAACCGAGCAUGCAGAAAAGGGAAGGUAAGGGGUGGUAUACAAGCAUCCAGCCAGUUUAAAUUCUAGCACAAUCCAAACUCCUUCCCUUCUCAAUUCCUCCACAUAAAAUAAUUGUAUGCUGUUUAAAUCGUAAGUCUGAGAGAGUUGUAUAGGAACAUAAAGGGACUUUUUUAUCGUAUAGUAUAUUUUUUUAAAAGUGCCCAAGCAACAUAAACAUACACAUAGUCAUAAAUGUCAGGUGAACAGACAGUUUAACUGACUUAUGAAUAAGAAAAUCAAUCAUCUUGAUGUACAAUGUGCAUCCCCUUGUUCCAGCCUAAAAAUAACUUUAAAAUUGCAUUACCCUAUCUAUCACUUAUAGCAAAAGCAACCUGACACCUCCAACUUGGGGUCCUGCCAUCCAACUACUGCGCCAGCCAAAAGGCAGUCCGGUAACUGCUUUCCUUAGAGGGACUUAGAAGCACGGACGUAACACCUUUCAGCUUCAACGUAAAAUUAUCAUCUAGUCCCAUGUCCGUAAAAAACAAACUGCUGUCUUAAAUCUGACUUGGCUGAGCUGCCCUCCUACAGCUCUUAACUGCUGGUCAGAAAACUGCCUCUCAGACGCAUCGCUUUAUCCCAGCGGGGGGUCCCAUACUUUAAUUAGCUGAUGAGAAAACCAGGAAUAAAAAAUACAGAAGUGAUCUUUUUAAUAUAAUAAUCACUAAUUCAACAAACAGGGCAAAGCAGGGAGCCAGUCUCAGACAACGUAAAUUUCAAGUCCAUUAUAAUGGACUGGCCAUCAGAAUUAAGUUUUCUACUCUAGUCAGGUAUAGUGACAUUGGGAAUCAGGGUUAAUAUGUGCAUAUUAGAACUCAAGGUUGUAUGGGCUUGAACCUGUGCAAUGGCUCCAAAAUACCUAAGAGAAAACAUUUAUAUCCAAAUGUCAUUUUCAAAUCACAAUUUAUACAUUAUAGGUAAGGAUAAAAAUGUAUCACCUCCUCAGUAUAUAUAAAAGAGUAACUAGUAAGAAAUAACAUGUUUUAUAGCCAGGAAAAAAAGCAAUUCAGGAAAUUAAAUCAAUUAGAAAUGAACUGUAACUCUGGCUAUAAUUUAAUAUAAGGGGCUCUAUAUUGUUUAUUCAUGGGUAAAACAAAACCAAAAAACAUGUUCUCAAUGUGUUAAUUGGCUUCUUAUUCAAUGUUAAAAACCUUUAGAUCAAAAAAUUGAGUUGAUUUCUCAUUUUUAAUCACAGUUUUAUAGUAACAUAAACAUAAAUGUCAAUCUUGUACAUUCAAAGAGGCACUUGGAGAGCAGGUUGCUGUGGAGUGGUCUUAAGCUGUUGUCCUGAGGUUAGCAGUGCUCAGAUCACCUAAGAACUCAGAAACAAAUGGUCCUGAGUCUCAUCCCAGAUCUACCAAAUCAGAAACAGGAAGGCUGGGACCCAGCACUGAUCCUUCAAGGAGCUCUCCUUAACAUGGUCUGUAUGCACACUAAAACACAGAGGUCCAAAAAGCAUGUUCUGUAGUUAGGCCAACUCGAUCCUAACAGUAGCUCUUCCAUUCACAUGCUGUGUCACCCUGAGUGAAUUACCUUCUGAGAGUUUUAUCCUGGGUCUUUAAAAAUGAGAUUAUAGUCCUUGCCUCACUAAAGUCUGAGGAGAAACAAAAUCUAAUUUUAAAAAAAAGUGCCUGGCACACAGUAGGUGCUUAAAAAAAAAAUCCUAAUCGGUAGCAUGGCCGAGCGGUCUAAAAAAACAUCCUAAAAUGCACCCCUGACCCCCUGCCAGGGACAUGACAUUAAAAACAACUAGGAAGAAAAAAAUUUUCUUUUGAACAAGUGCAAAGUAACUAAAUAGCUGCUUCCAAGACUGAAGUUUUUGAUUCUGAAAAACUUAACUGUGGCUCAAUCUUUCCCUUAAUUUUGUGCUAUUAACUCGACAGCUUUCAAGUAAUGAUAUUGAGACUAUUGGUGGUGACUCCCUCUGUUGCUCUGAAUUAGUGUUAAAUUCUGCAAGGUGAAUUUCUGUAAAGGUGGAUUCUAUAAAAGCUAGUGCACCCACUGUGCAGUGUCUCCUUGGACAUGAUAGAGUUCCCAGAUGGGUAUCUGAAACUAUUUACAAAAUACAAUUCAAUUCUGAAAGUAAACACAAUUGCUGUUUUUACAAACCCCAGAACUUCACAGGGGUAACGGCACUUUUCAGGCACCCAACUCCUUUCUCUCACCGCACACGUGCAGCCAGUAGAUGGCAGACACCAGAGUUCUCGGUGAGGAACGCUGAAAAUGGCAGAAAGGCGUGGUGUGGUAAAGCUGAACUCAAAUCCUACCUGUUCCUUGUAUGGGUGGGGAAAAAAACCCAAAGUGAGCCUCAGUAUCCAAAAUCAUGUCCACGUGGAAGUGUGCAGAAGCCAUGCUCCAGGUAAAGAAGCAAAUCCAUCCUGUGGUUUGCACAUCACCACAAAGCGGUGUUCAGGCAGUGGUGUAAUAACAUUGAUGAUCAUGUAAAAACAUGUUCCAUCAUUUUUUCCUCCACCCAACUCUCCACAUUGACACUCAGUAUGUAACGAAAUUCUACAAAGUGGUUUCGUGCCCCUGCCAAUGAUGAGGUUGUUAGCAGGAGACAAUGUUUGUGUUGGGGCCACCUCUUCUGCAUCAGCACCCAGGUGUUCAGCCAACAACUGUAGAGUGAUGCAUCCACAAUACAGAAGUUUUCUCAGUUUGAGAUCUUUGCCCCAUCUCUCCCUGAUUCCCCAAAUGUUCUCUUUCAGAUCUGUUUACUUGUGUCUCUUCUUAAAGUGGUGUUGUUAGCCUUUUAAAAACUGAUGGGAUAUAUUUCCAAUGCUUUAUAAAAUAUUAGGCACCAUGACUAGGCAAGGUCCACCCAUGCUUAGGAUGUCAUUAUAGAGACUAUAAUGUAUUUUGGUAAAAUACACUUUGUUUUAAUGACCAGUACAGAAAAACAAAAUUCAUAGAAGACACAGACUGACAUUUGACAGCAAGAAAAGAAACUAUCACAAAGAUUAUUUUGUUGACUAGUACAUGAAAGUUGAGAAAUGACUAAUUGGAAGUUAUUUUAAACUACCAUGUUAUAACUAUAAAUGAAUAUAAAAAUAUUCAUAGAAAUGGAAUGUAUUCAAAACUAUAUACUCAGUUGACCUGGUCUAUCACUUUACCAGCCAUGAUCAAACUUUUAAACAUGCACAGCAAGAACUAUUACAACAGUGUUCUCAAUUAAAUCUUUUUUAUUAUGAGACGUAGAAAUGUGAACAUGGCUAUUCUUUUUAAAUUAAUGUCAAAACUUAGAUUAAUUCCUGAACUAUAUUCAUGUCAUCUGUGAUUCCCAUUAGUUAACAUAUUUUGAAAGAUGUGAAAUAAUUUGGGGCACCUGUGAUUUCAAAGCUUUACAUGUUUAACUCACAUUCUUUGGACUUCUGGUAUGUUAUGAUGCAAUUUGAAAACUCACAAUUGUGAGUAACCACAACUGUGAGCAUUUUAACUGUAUCAGUUUUCAUUUUUAUUUAUAUUGUAUGUGAAUGCAUAAGAAAAGUCCACACCACAUUCCUUAUCCCUAAUUGGAAGGAAAAUUGAAGGAUCGGUAAAGCUGUGAUGAGCUCUUCCCACAAACUCCUCAAAUGCUUACAGAGUAGCAAUGAAAUGGCAUGGCACCCUUCUCCCAAUGACACAAAAACACAACAAAAAUGUCAAGAAGUCUCUACUUUACUCCGAGGCUCCCACUGAUUUUAAUGAAAGGCACAUGGCCUCUUUAUAGCUGAAAUUUUCAUUUCAUAAUUCUGAUGAGAAAAUAUAUUAUCCCAGAAGGCUUGCCAG